GGAGUGUCUGUCAAAGAAUGAAACGUACCCGUGGCCACUUGGACUAGGGCGGUGCUAGUGGUGGCCAAGCAGCAGGGCCUUGCCUUUGUGCUCGUACAGAGAGAAGAUGGCUCCCGUUUUGGAGAAGCAACACCCGGGCGCUGCCGGGGCAGCAGACAACAACAACGAGGAGGAAGAAGGACUAGACCUUUGGACCUCAAUAUUGAGUGAAGUUUCUACACGUUCCAGUUCUAAAUUGCCGUCAGGAAAAAAUAUUCUGGUAUUUGGGGAGGAUGGAUCAGGAAAAACUACACUUCUGUCCAAACUUCAAGGAUCUGAACACAACAAGAAAGGGAGAGGACUGGAAUAUCAAUACUUAAAUGUCCAUGAUGAAGACCGGGAUGACCUUACGCGGUGUAAUGUGUGGAUCUUGGAUGGUGACCUGUACCACAAGGGCUUGCUUAAGUUUGCGAUUUCUGCUCAGUCCCUACCUGAUUGCCUUGCCGUGUUUGUUGCGGAUAUGUCACGACCCUGGACCAUCAUGGAGUCACUGCAGAAGUGGGCUAGUGUGCUCCGUGAUCAUGUGGACAAACUGAAGAUCUCUCCUGAGGAUAUGAGAGAAAUGGAGCUCAAGAUGGUGAAAGCAUUCCAGGAGUACACAGAACCAGAGGAUGCCAUGCCAGGCUCUCCACAGAGACGGGCCACGACAGCAGGGGAAGAUGAAGCUGUUGUGCUACCACUUGGAGACAACACACUCACACACAACCUGGGCAUUCCAGUGCUAAUAGUUUGCACAAAGUGUGACUCAGUCAGCAUAUUGGAAAAGGAACAUGACUACAGAGAAGAGCACUUUGACUUCAUCCAGUCCCACAUUAGGCGAUUUUGCUUACAAUAUGGAGCUGGCCUAAUCUACACCUCAGUAAAGGAGGAAAAGAAUCUGGAUCUACUUUACAAAUAUAUUGUACAUAAGUUGUAUGACUUCCAUUUUACCAAUCCAGCCCUAGUAGUGGAGAAGGAUGCAGUGUUCAUUCCAUCGGGAUGGGAUAAUGAGAAGAAAAUCUGCAUUUUGCAUGAAAACAUUACAACAGUCAGACCUGAAGAUCCAUUUGAAGAUUUUAUCACUAAACCUCCAAUACGAAAGCUGGUUCAUGACAAAGAAAUAAAUGCUGAGGAUGAGCAGGUGUUCCUGAUGAAGCAGCAGUCUUUGUUAGCCAAACAGCCAGCCACGCCAACAAGAGGAGCAACUGAGUCUCCAGGGAGGACAGCAUCAGGUUCUCCAAGGCCUGCAGGACGUGCUGGCCAGCCCACACUGACCAGUGGCUCUCCAAUGGCUGCUGUCAAAAAACCUGAUGCCAACAUGAAAGCAGGGGCUGCCAAUGAGGGCGUACUGGCCAACUUCUUCAACAGCCUGUUGAGUAAAAAGACAGGUUCACCAGGGAGCCCUGGAAGUGGAGCUGUUGGAGCUGGAGUGCAAGGCUCUGCCAAGAAAACAGGACAGAAGCCGGGUUUGACUGACGUCCAGGCUGAGUUGGACCGAAUGACUCGCAAACAGGACCCCAUGGUUUCAGCUAACAACAUAUCACCGCAGACUGAGAAUGAAGCAUGAAGGCCGCAAAAAGAGCUGCAUCAUCCACCGCAUUAAUAAUGGAAAUUUACAUGUGAGCAUAAUUAUUUGACCAAAUUCCCAUGUCCGUCUAUGUCGGUCAGCAGACGAAGCAGGUUUCACCAAAAUCAGCUAAAUAAUUUUGAGAUGCUAUCAGAUGUUUUGGUGUUCUGGUGUGAGAGAGGGGGAGAAAUAGAGAAGGUGGUAUAGAAGGUGUUAGCAGGACGAUAGUGCUGAAGAUUUGGCUUUAUAUAUGUCUUCUCUUCCACUUUCAAUGUUAUUUGCCAAGGUUGUCAGUGUGGCCAAGUGUCUAUGGAAAUGUGCACACUUACACAGACACAUUGGGUUGAUACACUGGGUUGCAGGCCUCCCAGUAGCUGAGGUAUAUAAAAGGUAUAAAAAAAAUAAAAUAAAAAUAAACACUCCUCAGUGAGUUUUAAGAGUGGAAACAUACUGGCCUCCAAUUCAGUUUAUCUCAUGUAAAGAAUUGGAUCGGGAUUGGAAAGUUAUUUAAACUUUUAAUGGUAUUCAUCAUGGAGCAUAAUUAAGAUUUUUGCAAACAAAUUUAGUUUGUAAAAAAUGUUGGAAUUAAUGCCGUAGUAUUUAUACAUCGUUUCUCUUUUUUAUUUGACAUUUUUGCACCGUUUUAGUUUAAGACGAUGAUCAAUAUAAAACAUGUUCAUAUGCCACUGAUGGCAUGACAUGUGAUGAAUUUGGAUAGCUAAUAGCAUAUCAUGGUUGCCCUAGUCAUCUCGAAGGAUUCUUGUAAAUAUGAAUACAACAAAAAAACAAUCUCUUCAGGUUUGAAUUUUGUGUACAAAUACAAGUGUUGCAAAUCCUGGCGAUUGUUUAACAAAGCUGGCAUUUGACAGGCUUUGAGUUUCCAACAGAAUCUCUUCUUUAGCUACAGGUGUGUAUAUUUGGGAAGGGGAUUGGGCAGCAUCUUUCCUACAAGAACUCCCAAAAGUGCCUCGCACACUUAGCUGUUCAUUUUUCUGCAUGAGGAAAAACACUGUAGCGCCACUGGUUGAAAAGAUGUAGUCUGUGUCUUGUCAUCCAAAUAAUUUAUUUCUAUUUACAUUUUUCUUAAUGUACAUCAAGCCUGUGGUUGCUGUUAUUUUGUUUUGUUUUGUUUUCUGGAAAAAAAAUAUCUGUGGCCUCAUUUAAUACAUCGAUGUAAUGCCUUCAUACAAACUGUAAAGAAUGAAUAUUUGUGUACCCCGUACAGUGUGCUCCAAACCACUCGCUUCAAAGCCAAAACACACAAUAAUUUGCUGUGGUCUGAACAAAAUGGGAUCCCGUACCGUUCAGUGUUGAACAUCACUGUGGUCCUGCUCUGCUUUCCGCUUUCCCAUGUGGUAUUCACAUAUUGAAAACAUUCCGAUUUUAGUCAAAUAAUGGCUUUCCCUGCAGGAAACUUGUUUGACCUGUUUUGUUGAAUCCCUCCAACCCCCUUUGCCCUAAAAUGACAUUUGCCUUCAAAGUACAUUUACAUUUAUCACACCAGUUGCCCUUAAUUGAUGCAUUUUUUAAAAAUUAAUUUACCUCACCAGUUAAUCUGUAAUUCAAGUAUGUAAACCACGACCAUUUUUCUGUAGUUGUCCCCACACGCCAUGUUAAUGUGAAGCGAGCCGCUGCUUAUUUGAUGAACAGAAGCAGAGAAAGGACAUAUGGUGUAAAUUAGACAUGGAAAUGACCUUUUUGUAAUUUUAGUCACCCAUACAUAUUUUCCUCCCAUGACCCGGACCUCCAACUGAACCAUUUCACAAACUGUACAAAUGUGAGGAAAACUUUAUAUCCUACUUUGCUGCAUUUAGGGUUUCAGUAAGAAAGUUCAAAAUGACUACGCACACACACCAAGCAUUUAUAUUUGUAAAUGUUGCUCUGAAGGAAUAGCUAAACAACCAUAUUGUUGAGAUGACUUAAUGGAGGAUUGGAAUUGUCGUGAGAAGUUACAAAUGUACAAUGAUUACGUUUAAUCAAAACUGAUUGGGUGGCAUAUGCAGUAGAUCAGGGGUGUCCAAAGUGCGGCCCGGAGGCUAUUUUUGCCCCACAGCUUUUUUAAGCUGGGCCUUCUGCAUAUUAUUUAAAAACAAAAAUAUUAGUUAUUACAAUAAUAACUAUUUCAUUUGUCAACGAUAACACAAAAGCGAAAAUGUUUUCAUCAAAGCUGAGCAUUUGCGUCUUUAAUGCAUCAAAUAUAUUAUCCUUUCACUUUUCUGUAUGCAGCCCUGGACACCCCUGCAGUAGGUAAAGCACACCUCCAAGAACAACCAGGAACUAAGCACUUUUCCUUGGACACCUGUAUCAGUUUCCUGUGGCAACAGUUAAAGACACAGAAUGCAUACUUUUUGCCUUGCGUUUUGGUGCGCACCGUUUAAUAACAUUUGUUUAUCUGCAUUUGCUGCUGUUGUUUUAGAAGGUUGCCCCUGUGGUUAACUAUGGAAUGCCCUCUUUUUUUUGUUCUGCUUUGAAAACCAAUUCUGUAGAUUUUGUGCAAUGUGUAUUUUUGGACAUGAUGAAGACGAAUAACUAGUCAUUUUUGCCCAAGAAAUGUCUCCUGGCUUGUGUUUACAACCUUAUAGAUUGUUGUUUUUUUGUUUUUUUUUGUUAACGACUGUUUUGCCCAUUGACGUUUUCUGUUUUCUGGACAUUCAAAUAUCACUCCAAACUUAUUGAUUUACACCUUUUUGGCCACACUUGUUAGAAUUGUCAGUUGGUAAAAGGAAAGUGCUCUCUGCUGCUUGGUUCCAUAAUUGCACGUUUUAUUUGUGAUGACUGGAUGUCUUUCCCAACGUUGAAUACUGGGCUGAGGUAACUUUUGUACUCCAGCAUCAGUUGAAUUCAACUGUUGCCCGACAACUUUAAUGAAUUGCCUUCGACCACUAAUGGUGGUCUUCAUCUGUAUGAGACUACGAGCUUCUGCUUCCAGUUCUUUUGUAUUCAGGAUAUCAAAACGUUAUUAAAAACAAAAAAGACUA